UUGUCAUUUGACAGCCCUACUUAUUACUAAUUAUUAGUAUCAGCAUUUCAGCUUUUCUUCAUUACAUUACACCUUUUUAAAAUUUGUUGUCAUUGUUGCUGUGGUUUUUUUAAAAAGAUAAACAAAUGUUACAGUGCCUGACAAAAGUUUUGUUGCUUAUCCGGACCGUAGGAAAAAUAAACACAGUAGUACCACGCAUAACGUAAACCUCCUUUUACGUAAAUUCCACUGAACGUAAAGAAUUUAUGUAAAGUUUUUGCAUCAUAUUACGGAAUAAAUUCCAUAUAACGUAAAGCAUCAAGUCGGUGCAAGUUCAGAAAUUCGAUUUGUUUAGCGCCUUCCGAUGCUUCACGCUCUCAUUGGCUAAUUAUAAGGGCACCGCCUUCGUUCUCAUCUCAUUGGCUGAUUAUCAGGGCACCGCCUACGCUCUUAUCUCAUUGGCUGACUUAUCCAGCGCAUCUGUGUGUUUGUGUGAGAGACAUGCUGCUCCCUUCAACCUCUCUUCCUCAGCGUAGUCGCCCUUAAACUAGUUUGCACGCAUCGAAAUUUCUUCUUAAUGUUUUUACUUUUCUUUGUGUUAAAAUUACCGUAAUCAUGAGCCCUAAACCAAGUGUAAGUGAUAAGAAAAAAAGGGAAAAGUUGUCGAUAGAAACCAAGCAGGAAAUGAUCCAGAAAUUCUGACGCUUCACGCUUUCAUUGGCUGAUUAUCGGGGCACCGCCUCCACUCUAAUCUCAUUGGCUGAUUAUCAGGGCACCGCCUACGCUCUCAUCUCAUUGGCUGAUUAUCAGGGCACCACCUACGCUCUCAUCUCAUUGGCUGACUUAUCCAGCACGUCUGUGUGAGAGACAUGCUGCUCCCUUCAGAUUGUGCUUGGACAAAAAAAGUCUUGUAUGUACGGUAGAAAUUAUAUUGUCCUUUGAAAACACAAACAUGCUACAAAAACAUCAGAACAUAAAGUCAGGGUGCCUCGGUAAGAAGAAUUCAUAUUGUGUAUGACGUCCAUGAGCUUGGAGGACUUAAUCGAUACUUCUCAGCAAUGACUCAUAACUAAUUGAUAAAAUGAUCUGGAAUGGCAAAGGACGCAGUCUUGCACGACUCCCAGACUUCAUGAAGAUUCUUCAGUUUGGUCUUCCAAACCUCCUCCUUCAUUUAACCCCAAACAUGCUGGAUAAUGUUCAUGUCUGCUGACUGGGCUGGCCAAUCCUGGAGCAUCUUGACGUUCUUCACCAUCGGGAACGUUGAUGUGGAGACUAAAGUGUGACAAUGAGCGCCAUCUUGCUGAAGAAUGUACCCUCUCUUGUAAUUUGGAAGGUAAUGGGCAACAAUCAUUUCGAGAGAACUAAACAAUGGUGUUGCGUUUGCCAAGGCUCACAGCUUGUAGAAAGGAUGGACAGUGGAAAAGUGGCAGAAGGUUGAUUUUUCUGAUGAAUCAUUCAUUAAACUGCAUCCCAAUCACCGCAAAUACUGCAAAAGACCUGUUGGAACCCACAUGAACCCACGAGUCACCCAGAAAACAGUCAAGUUUGGUGGAGGAAUAUCAUGGCUUGCGGUUACAUCCAGUAUGGGGGUGAGCAAGAGAUCUGCAGAGUGGAUGGUAACAUCUCUUAUAGCAGUGCUCAGAAUCCAUGACGCCUCUUGCAUUCAUUAGCAAACAAUCAUCUUUAAUCUGGAUGAUGGUUGAGACCGUCAAGCGGUUGGGACCCCAAAGAAUGUCCAAUAUUGGUGGCGUGGAAGAGUACGUGCCACGUUACUAGCUCUCAAGCAAGUAUCGUUUUUACGAACCAAAAUUAGUAUUUUAAUUCAUUUAUUGGAUUGUGUUCGGAAGCACAAAACAGCGUAACACAGAACGGCGUAAACCAAGGACUACUUGGAAACAUUUCCAAGGGGGAACAGAUUGUAAUCUUGACGGGUGGAUAAAAGGGACUUUAGCCCCAACUACUCACAUUGUGUGUUUGUUUGUUACGGCUCACACGAAACAAAAGUCACCCUGUAGCCAAAACAAUCGAGGUAAUGGCGAGUUUGGCAAUCAGCCACGAGGGACGCUCCGAGCGAUGCCGCUGGGGCAUCCUGCAAGGGAGGAGGAGGGAGUGUUUUUUGUGCAGCUAACAUGAGAAAUAAAGCCUUUUAAGUGAUCAUAGCUAAUGGUAAUGACAUGUUUGCACCUCCCAUUUGUUAGCAGGUAAAAAAGUGCAAUGUUAUCAGUGCAUCAGAAUAAUCCUAAUGGCAAUUCCUGAAUUUUGCACUUAAGUUUGGGCGUUAUAAACAGAGAAAUAAAGAAAGAAGCCACUUGUUAAGUGUUAAGAAAAGAUGUAGUUUUAUCCAACUAGUUUUUUUGCAUGGAGCACGAGGUAAAGAUGACAGCAGAAUGCUGAGUUUGUUGUGAGACUGAGCUCGUCAGACAGGUAGGUUCAGCUCCAGCCUGGCGGGGUGGAGUCAUAGUUGCCAUGGUGAUGUGUGAUGUCACCGCUGGAGGGGGCUCUUUAUUUGACUUGUAGGAAAGGGAGGAAACAAGCAAUGGUGGCAGGAGCGCUCGGCUGCAUGGCUGAGCUUGCACAUGGAUUACAUAUUUGACUUUAAAAAGACAACGUUGCCCUCAACUUCUGGAGCUGAGUGUCCAACAUUGAGAGUAGAAGCCCAAAGCACAGCCCCAGCCCCCAGCCUGGCAUCGGCGACCAAGUUGACCACCUCUCCUUGACCUCGCUGGACUCGCUGGAGGCCAUGUCUGAGGUCGAUUCGCCCACGGGAUUCACCCGGGGCAGCCGGAUACGCGCCAGCCUGCCCGUGGUGCGAUCCACCAACCAGACAAAGGACCGCUCGCUUGGGGUGCUGUACCUGCAGUACGGAGACGAAACUAAACAGAUCCGCAUGCCCAACGAGGUCACCAGCAUCGACACGGUCCGAGCCCUGUUCGUCAGUGCCUUCCCGCAAAUGCUUACCAUGAAGAUGCUGGAGUCACCCAGCGUGGCCGUAUAUGUCAAAGAUGACAUGAGGAACAUGUACUACGAGCUGAGUGAUGUCAGGAACAUCACAGACCACUCCUGUCUGAAGGUGUACCACAAAGACCCGGCACAAGCGUUCAACCACGGGCCCAGACCAACCAAUGGUGAUGCCAGGAUGCACAGUGAGAUGGUGAGUCCUCUGAGACAGCACCCCAUGGGUCCGCCAGCUCACCAUCCAUUGCAGGCAGGACUCCCCCCGUCGCCACACUCCAUGCCCCCUUCCCGAAUACCGUUCAGCCCACGGCAGGGCUCCCUGCCCGGCAACGGCACCAUGCCCAGGGAGCGACUGUCUACCGCCAACCCUCCGGCCCGCUCUAUCUCCCCGUGUCCCAGUGCCAUCCUGGAGAGGCGGGAUGUGAAGCCGGACGGGGACAUGGGUGGGAAAAGUCACAGUCUCAGCAGAGGAAAUGAGGGCUUGUACGCAGAUCCUUACCUUCUCCAGGAAGGAAGAAUGGGCAUGGCGACUGCCCACGGGCCUGGGCAUGAUGGUCCAGAGCACAGCAUGCCUGGAUUCCACCGAGCCUCUGUCCGCUCCACAAGCUCUUACAGUGGGCCCAGCCCCACAGACUCCAUUGACCACCCUUCCCUGUACAGGCAGAAGUCCAGAAACAGCCAACUGCCCACACUGGGGUCCAAGACCCCUCCCCCAUCACCUCACCGCAGGGCUGAUGUACGGAUCGUUGACAUCCAUGGCAGUGUGCCCAUAGAGAGGAGCUCUCCUGUCCGCCAGUCCUUCAAGAAGGAGGACGUGACGGGAACCAAGCCCAGAAACAACAUGGCAUCAUCCGAUCUCCAAGCUCACCUUCAAGGGUCCAUCCCGCCUUCAAGUGACAACCAGACACGAGAGCGAAUGAAGGCAAUGGAGCAACAGAUUGCCAGCUUGACUGGCCUUGUUCAGGAUGCACUUUUAAAGGGGCCUCCCAGUGAGAGACUUUCAAAGACGUCAUCUCCAGCCCACAGUGCACAAAGCUCAGGUGGCUCACCAGUGCUGCCUGCCAAGGGUAGUACGUCCAAUGCGGUUCUACCAGACAAGAACCAGGUUCCUCUCAAAGCCAACUUGCUGCAGUUCAGGAAGAAUGUUUCUGACCUCAGGAUGCAGCUUCAUCAGAUGAGACAACUGCAGCUCCAGAACCAGGAGGUACUGCGAGGCCAACUGAAGCAAGCCGAACAGGAAAUUGGCGUGAAACUUGCAGAGGCCAUGCGACGUCUGGACGACCCGGUCCAGAAGCAGAGAGCUUUGGUAGAAGAGGACCGGCAAAAGUAUUUGAGCCUUGAGGAGCGUGUGCUGGUGCAGCUCGGGGAUCUGGAGCAGUACGUGGUCUCUCUGCAGAAGGACUCAUCAGGGACUCACAGAGCGGUGACCCUAAAGGACGUGGAAGAGGGGGCUGUGACCCUGAGGAAGGUUGGAGAAUCUUUGGCAGGGCUCAAAGGAGAGUUUCCGGCCCUGCAGAGUAGGAUGCGCUCUGUCCUCAGAGUGGAGGUGGAAGCUGUCAAGUUUUUGAAGGAAGAACCUCAUAAGCUGGACAGCAUGCUGAAAAGAGUCAAGAGCCUGACAGACACACUCAGCAACCUGAGAAGAUGUGCCACUGAGGGCCCUCAGAGAGCAGCUGAUCCUUCUUCUAACAUCCCAGUGGACAGCAGCCCAUCUCUAGCAGAGGCCACUGUGGUGGAAUCCCCGCCAGCAUCAGUUACAUCUGGCUCCACAGCGCACCCACUGGACUCCCAGAGCUCCGCUGUUAAAUCAGAGCCUGCCUCUCCGGUGGUCAUUCAUCAUGUCGAGAGCUCCUUGGUCCACAUGCAACAGUCCCAGCAGUCUGCCAGUUUGUCAGCCGCUCAGCCCAGUCCCUCUCUUACUCUCAGCCCCACUCACUUCAACACCGCCAAUCCCAGCAAGAUCCAAGGCCGGGAGUCCCCCAAAGUGGUGGCCGUUGAUCCCCCCAGUCCAGCCCACCAUAAGAAGGCGCGUGGCAGCCCGGUGAACCACAACAACAGGACUGCCAGCCAAGACCUUGUGGUUGAAGAACUGCAGAAUAGUGAAGACAAACGCAAGAACAUAGCCAUGUCCAUAGAGGCAGCAGAGAAGGAGUGGGAGGAGAAGAGGCAGAACAUAGGUCAGUAUGAUGAAAAAGAGUUUGAGAAAAUCAUCCAGGAGGCCGAAGCCAACAUGAUAAAAGGCCUUCCCAGUCCGGAUGCGGCAGCUAACCCAGGACAGCUCCCUGCAAACACCCAUAGCCCCCUCCAGUCAACAGCAGAGACCCAGCGAGAGUCUCAGUUGGACAAAGAACCCAAGAAGGUCCCGGAGAAAUUCCCAAAGCCAGUCAUGGAGAAACCUGCCAAGCCAGUGCUGGAAAGACCCUCCAAGAUGGCCCCCAAACCUGCAUCCCCUGACAGUUUUAACAAGCUGGCAUCUGAAAAGGCCACCAAGUCCCCACCACCACCCCCUCCCAGGAAGACCUUCGCCAGCUCCAGCACAGGCAUGACCACAACGCGGUCCGGAGAGGUGGUCUACACCAACAGGAAGGACUCCGUAUCAGCUCAGGACGAUGAAGAGGAGGGUCCAUUACCUGCUGCCCAAAUCAAGCCCACCAAAACUGCAUCACCAGAACCGAAGAAGCCUGCGACGCCCCCUCCUGUUGUUGCCUCUGCUGUCAGGGAAGAGGAGGACGAAGGUGACAAGAUCAUGGCAGAACUCCAGGUUUUCCAGAAGUGCACAGUUCAGGAAGUAGGGGCGCAAAAUGUGGUGGACCCCACCACUCGAAUUGAAGCUCAAAUAAGAGAACUAAGAGCAGGGGCCAUGUUGCCCGUCAAAGAGAAGAAGCACAACUCAGAGCCCAAUCGUGAUGGGAAAGAUCCGGACACGGAUGAAAACGGAAACACAACUGUGCGGCAAAGCCAAGGGGUAAUUUACUACGUGACUGGAAAGAUUCCAAAAGAGCCUCCACCCUAUUCAGGAACAGAGGAAACCCAUGAACACCGGGACUCCGCCCAGUCUCCAUCACAGGUGUCAAAUGUCACUGUUAAUGACAAUUCUCCAGGCCAACUACUGUCACAGCCUCCCAAGUCACCGCCAUCCAAAUCUCCACCACCUAUUUCGCCCAAGCCUGUGGGACUGAAUGGAUUCAAACUGCCCAGGAAGCCCAUGAAACGCUCCAUGUCCCUGAAGACCAGCGCAGAGAUGGAAAAGGGGAAGAACCUGACCAGAGUCAACACAGAAAAGAAGAGUCAGUUCGUUCAGGAUUCUGUUUCUUCCACUAAGAAUGUAAAAUUGGAGCCUGUAGCAGCCACCGUAGUAAGAGUGGCGUCUAAAGGUCCUGCUCCACCCCCACCCCCCAGGAGGUCUUCAAGUGAGGACAGUCCACCUAACGAGAGCUUGGAGGAGGGAAGCGAAGAGGCAAGCCUGAGUCCUGACUUACCAGGAGAAGAAGCACCACCUCCCCCUGAUAACAUCGCCUUUAUGAUCACUAAUUCUAAAGUUCAGGCACUGUCUUGUGGCGAGUACCAGGAACUGGUCAGUGCAAAGAAAGAUAGCGUCCAGACUGUGACUGUAGGUGGCGCCACAAGCCGAGGGAGCACCACAGCAGAUCCCGACGUGCCUCUACAUAACGACUUCCACAAGAAGCCCGUCAUCAUCAUUUUUGAUGAACCCAUGGACAUCCGCUCGGCCUACAAACGCCUGUCCACCAUCUUUGAGUGCGAGGAGGAGCUGGACAGGAUGCUAGCAGAGGAGCGCAUCGAUGAGGAGAGCGAGGAAUCGGACACAGACAGGAGCAGCGGGCUGCACAUGAAAGCUGAGGGAUCUGUGGUGAUUGACGGCAAAAAGGUCAGUUCUUCUCAAGAAGACCACACCAGCUUGUCGUCGUCCUCGUCAUCAUUAGUCUCAGAAUCAACAGACGGAGUGUCCAAUGGAGACGGCAAGCAGGACGGCAAGAAGAAGUUCAAGUUCAAGUUCCCUAAGAAACAGCUGGCGGCACUGACCCAAGCCAUUCGCAAUGGCACCAAGUCUGGCAAGAAGACGCUGCAGGUGGUUGUCUAUGAGGAUGAGGAGGAAUCAGAUGGGACUGUAAAGCAGCACAAAGAAGCCAAGAGAUUUGAGAUCUCACGCUCAAAGUCCUCAGCGGACGACGUCAAAACACAGAGUCCGACCCCACUAAAAAGGCAGAACUCGGACUCCGUCUGCAGGACCAACGAAAUCCGUAAAAACACGUACAAGACCCUGGACAGCCUGGAACAGACCAUCAAGCAGCUGGAGACCACCAUAAAUGAGAUGGGACCUUGCUCCCCUGAGGACCCCAUUUAUGCCGAGGUGAAAAAGGGAGAAAAUGGGAAAGUCUCUGAAGGCGUCGGGUUGAGGAGGUCCGCUUCUCUGCCUACCUCCAGAGGGUCCGCCCUGAAGCUGGCUGGGAAGAGUUCAUUCCAGAAGAAGACUAAACCUGUGCUCCUCCCACGCCCUGUAGUCAUCCCCAGCACCACCAUCACUGACCCCAGUGCCCCCAACAUCAUCCAGCAGAACACCAGUGUCGCUUCCCCCACUAGUCGGAUGCCCGUCCCUUUGUCGGCGAAGUCCAGGCAGUCGCCGGCUACGACUGACAAAGCAGCAAAACAACAAAAACUGCAGGAAGCUCAAAGGCAGUUCCGACAGGCUAACGGAAGUACUAAAAGAGUGGGAGGGGAUCAUAAAACGACUUCCCCCACUGUACCCGUCUCUAAAAUCCCUGCUUUUUAUCCUAGCACUACUAAGAGCACCUCAGACGCCUUUAAUCCCACUAACCCUCCCUCCUCCAAGCCCUCCUUGCUGUCCCCUCACAGUGCUCGUCCCACUGCCCCCCCCUCCUCCCACAUCCCCUCCCUGUCUAACGGAUGCCUCAAACCCCCCUCACAGCACGCAGGUAAAGCUCUGUCGUUCUCCUCGCAGACCCAGAAUGGUCGAGUGCACUCCUCCUCCUCCUUUUCAUCUUCCUCCUCCUCCUCAACCUCCCCCUCCCCUCUGUCGCCCACACCUUUGGGCCCAGGUGGAAAGAGCAUCCGCACCAUACACACCCCCAGCUUCACCAGCUACAGGGUCCACAACGGCAGCAGCAGCAAAUCCUGCAUCCCAACAACCUCGGUGGCUAAGGACGCUAUUUAGACCCGCUUUGGCCCCCCUGGCCUCCUCUCUUGUAGCAGGUGGUCAAGCGGUGUUGUCUGUGUUUAUUUUUUAAGUUUGAAGUGAGGCACGCCCCCACUUCAUGUUUUAUUUUACACUGACGCUUGCUCGCCAUCACGUUUAAUAGUUUUCCUCUCAAAGUCUAUUUUUAUUCUUUUUUUGUAGCUAAGUUCAUGUAUUAUAUCUCACAGUGUACAGAUUGUGUCUUAUUUUUCAUACCAGAGCUUUGGAUAAGCAUAGUAUAUUUAAUGUGUGGGUGUUUAUGUACACAGCCCUUGUAAAUGCCUUAUAAAGACACUUUAACGACUACUUUCUCAUCAAGUUUCAACUGCCAAGAUUAAAAAAGAAAAGAGACACUGACUAAUAACAAGAGUGCCUAUUUGCCAAAGCUGUCCAAGCCUGACUCAGCCGCACCCUUUAGGGGACUUUUGGGGGGAACAUGCACUCGUAUUGUAGUCUCUAAUGUCAUGUAAAACACUCCGACGUGUACAUACAGUAAAUGCCUCCACUAAGACGAUAAGUAGUUUUCUUAACAUACCAAAGUUUAUUUGUAUGCAUGCCUAUCAGAUAUUUUAGGAGAGUGCUGUUAAAAAUAAAAAGAAUAACGUUUGCACAAAGUGACAAUGUAAAUAUUUGUUGGGUUUUUUUGUAAAGCUUUAAGUCAUAUCGCCAUGUGGUAAAAAAAAAAAAAAAGUGCAUGCUUAUAAAGCAUCAAGCUUCCGUUUUGGAUUUUCUGAUUAAA